UCACACUCUUAACUUCCCUUUCAUACCCAUAAACACAAGACGUCUACCAAAAUGGUUUCUUCUCAGCAAGGCUAUUCCAACACCACGAUCGACAUGAAGGGCAACACCCAGGCUGUCAACGAGGCCCAGUCCAACCUCCCUCUUCCCGACCAGCCCCCAGUCGCCUCCGACUUCAACUCUUCCGAUGCUAGGACUGUCAACGUUGGCUCUGGCGGCCAAGAAGCCAGCUUCACUUCUGGUGGUGGUGCCAUCCGUGAGCCUGCUGUUGGUGCCGGCGGUGUUUCUGGCCGCGAGGCCAAGGACGGUCUCAGUGGCAUUCCCAACGACGCUGUCUCCCGCGAGGCCAAGAACCACUCUGGCCUUGCCGACACGACUGGUAAGGACUAUGGAUACCCAAAGAACGACCCCAGCUCUGGUAUCAAGCAGUAGAUUACUGUGGUAGGAGGAAGUAAUUGAGAUACCCGAAAUAUGGUGGACUGGAAUAUUUCGUGUCAUAAAAGGCCGCUGUCACUGCGUUCAGAAGGUCGGCUGCAAGAGCAGUAUUGUAAUGAGCAAUGUACGAAUUGAAUGAAUGAAUGAAUGAUGAAAGAAGUUUGU